AUGUAUGUUGAUAUCGCUGAAUGCUGUAUUAGAUUCGACAGUUUAGAAAUUCUUCUAAAACAAAUCGGCUCUCAAUUAAAAUCGUUAGACAUUUGGAAUUAUUCGUAUUUAUAUCAUCAUAAUUAUCCCAAUCAAUGGGAAAAAUUAAUUUCACAACAUAUGCCACAUUUACGCACGUGUAACGUCCAUUGGCCAAUGAUUAUCUACAGUGAUCUUGNCUUGAUGUAUGUUGAUAUCGCUGAAUGCUGUAUUAGAUUCGAUAGUUUACAAAUUCUUCUAAAACAAAUCGGCUCUCAAUUAAAAUCGUUAGACAUUUGGAAUUAUUCGUAUUUAUAUCAUCAUAAUUAUCCCAAUCAAUGGGAAAAAUUAAUUUCACAACAUAUGCCACAUUUACGCACGUGUAACGUCCAUUGGCCAAUGAUUAUCUACAGUGAUCUUGGCGAUCUUCGUUCAUGUACGUUUGUUCAUCAGUUUAAUUCACCGUUUUGGCUCGAACAUAACUGGAAUAUCGCGAUUGAAAUUGAAUUCCAAAGAGCCUUUUAUCGAAUUAGUCCAAAGAAAAAUUUUGACAGAUUAGAUAAUGAAAGUUUGAAUAUUAUUACACAUCCACAUGAAAACCAUAAUUAUCAUUGGAUAAACUCAAUGAUUAGUGUCAAUCACCAAACUACCAACGAUUUGUCUUCAAAAGCUUCUUCCUCUGUUAAAUUAUUAAUAAUCAAUGAACAGAAACUCACAUUGUCUCGAUCGAUAGUCAGCGAUCUAUUUCCUGUUUUAAAUGCGAUACAUAUACGAAGUUUACACCUUAUUUGGUCCAAUUUAUUGAUUAGUGAGUUUGUCGAACUUCUAAAUCAUUUACCAAAUCUGAAUUCGUUGGCAUGGUUUUCCUCACUCAAUGUUGUUUCGAGUUCUUUAUCUACAAACGAUGAGGAAAAUCUUCGCUUAUUUUCGAUCAGUAACACUAUUACACAAGUGUCAUUACAAAUCAAUUUUGAACAAAUACAAUUUCUUAUUAGACUUUGUCCUCGAAUGGAAAAACUUGAAGUACAUGGUGUAAAAAAUAACGAUCUUGGAAAAUUCCUACGCUUUAUUUUGAUGGAAACGAGAACAAGUCUUCUUCAUCUUCAUUUACUGUAUCUUACUAUCAUUGACAUCAAUGAUGAAACAGUUCACAAUCUACAAACAUUGAUCUAUUCGGAAGAUUUACUUUCGAAUUAUACCAUCAAAUACCGAGGCAAUCAUGUUGCUUUGGAACGGAAAAUUCAAUGA